AUGUCCCUGAUUGAUGCAGCAGGGAAGCCAGGCAGUGGACUACUUCAGUUGAACCUCAACUUCUUGGGAUCAUACGAUGAGUGCUUGGGGGUCAAGGCCACGGAGACAAUCAACAAUGUCACAGAACCGAUCUUCAAUGGGAAAUACUGCAAAGCCAGCAUCCCUCUUCAGCCCGGUUCCCCAGCUCCAGCUCCAGCUCCAAAUACUCCGUCAUUCUCUGACAUCACCAUUGGACUUUGCUUCCCCGACUCCUGUAGUGGCGAAGAUGUAACAUUGAUUCUCAAUGACAUGUUGGAUCUGGUGCUUGAGCAGUUGAACAUCACCACACAGUUCAAGGUCAAGCGCUCCGUGUGCCAGGAGGAGAACCUGGAGUGGGACACUAAAGCCAUCGCUGUCUUUGUGGUGGCAAUGGUGUUUCUUGCGCUAAUGGUGAUUGGCACAAUCUAUGACAUCGUCAUUAUCCAGCUUCCACGCUGGUACGUGUUGGCUGCUGAGGCAAAUGGUUUGUUGAAUGGAGCUGACACUUACACAUCACUGAACAUCAAGCAUAGACAAGAGGAGACAACUCCACUGAUUGGCGACACAGGGAAACCAGAGUUUAGCCAGCCUCAACCAAGUCUUUGUGGCAAGAUCCUGUUAUCGUUCUCUGUGUACACGAACGCCUCCAAGCUGCUGAGCACCAAACAGUCAGCUGGAAGUCUCACCGCCAUCAACGGUAUCCGCUUCCUCUCCAUGACAUGGGUAAUCCUGGGGCACACCUAUGUCUUUGGUCUGUCAAGUGUAGACAACUUCAUCAGCUACUUCCCGGAUGUCAUAAAGCGCUUCACGUUCCAGGCCAUUGUCAAUGCUACCGUGUCUGUCGACUCCUUCUUCACUCUGAGUGGGCUGCUAGUGACAUUCCUGGUACUGAAAGAGAUGAGGCGGGCUGGUGGCAGGAUCAACUGGUUCAUGUUCUACUUCCACAGGUUCUGGAGACUGACGCCUCCAUACAUGUUGGUGAUGAUGGUGUACGUCCCACUCUUCCCCUACAUCAGUAACGGCCCUCUGUGGCCUCAACAGGGUGUUGAGAUCAACCAGUGCCGGAACUCAUGGUGGACCAACUUACUGUAUGUCAACAACCUGGUCAAUGUCAAGGAGAUGUGCAUGGGCUGGUCCUGGUAUCUGGCCAACGAUAUGCAGUUCUACAUCUUGUCGCCUCUCAUCUUUGUGCCGCUGUUCUUUUCCGGCAUCCUGGGCACGAUUGCUGUCUUGGCGUUCCUCUUGGCAGUCUUUAUCACGGCAGGUGUAUUAUCCAGGGUACACAACAUGUCCCCAUCGUUGAUAGGGGGCGCCGGGGCCGGAGGAGGAGGAGGAGACCAGAGUCCCACGGUCAUCUUUACAGCCAUCCUCUCAUCUCGCCCUGGCGUGCACCCUCAUCAUCAGCAUCCUCCUCCAGAGACGCAGCAGGUAGACAUGAACCGGAUCCUGCCAGCCAUCAUCUUUCGGUACCAGGAAUGUCUGUGGCCCACUGGAACAUACAUGAACGGUGGUGACCGGGCAACCUCCACAUGCCGG